AUGUUCAAUCUCGUGGAAUUUUUAGAAUCCCGCCACUUGCUCAAAUCAGUGACCGAAGUACAGCCCUUUGUGAAGAAGGUGGUGCAACUCGUCUACAGCAACCUCCCGACAAAUUUUAGUAACCCAAGGUCCAAGAAAUACGGGAAGGUGUUUUGCAAAAACAAGGUCUUCAACCUGACUCCUGCUGAUAUCAACGAAACCCUUGGCACACCAAAUGUCAAAGGCACAGUUGUGAAGCACAUGGACAAAGUUGCAAAGAUAAUCACUGGUGGCAAGGUAAAGAAGUGGUUAAAACCAAUGAAGUCCUCUAUGCUGUCAUACCUCUACUCGACUCUGUUCAAAGUUAUGACACUUAUCUGGGUAGUGUCUUCUAACUCUACGGUGAUCACACAGCAGCAUGGCAUUAUCCUUUACUGCAUCGGAGAGGGGUUGCCCUUCAAUUUGGGUCAGGUGAUCUUUGAUCAGAUUGCUACUACGUCCCAAUUAUCUGGUUUGCCUUUUCCUUAUUUGAUUUACAGGUCUCUCCUGAAUCAAGUCUUAACAGAGGGAUCGUCCGACGAGAAAGAGGAAAUCCAUGAGUAUGCUCUCACUAGUAUGCUCUUCAGUGACGAAAAGGUUGCAGAUCUACCUUGGGUCAAUCCUGUUGCUACUCACACUGCUGCGGACACUACUAUGAUAAAAAUUUCAAAAGCAGAUUUGCAGGCUCUUUUGCAGCACAUCGAAGAACUGGAAAACAAUCUUCUUCAAGCUCGCAAAGUUCAUGGGGAAUCCUCUUCUAUCUUGAACCACGCCAAAGUGCAAGUGACAGCCCUCAUUUCUUCCCAAAAAGGGGGAGAUGAUGCUGAUGGAGCAGGGGAUCAGGACAAGGAGUAA